CGGACUUGUUGUGGCUGCCCUAAGCCCUGCCCACUUCCAAAUUCCCAUGCCUCUGGCCGUCACAAAGUCAAUAGAGAAGAAUUCACAUAACUGGACUAUGCUAUCAAACAUGGAAGCAUUAUCAAAUAUCUCCCUAACGCUUUUUUUUUCUUUUGAACCUCUCUCUUACUCUAUGAUAAUGGUGGUACUAUAAAACAAUGGCGUUUGCAGUAAGAUUUUUGCAACCAAUUAGGGCAUCACUUUCUGUUCUCUCUGCCCCACGUUCAUCUAUUUUAUCCACAAGAAAACUCUUUAAUGGGAAUUACGAGCAGUUGAGGAGAUUGGUUAAGGGACUUGAACCUGGAAACGCUUCAAGAUUUCAGUAUAAUAUCAGUAUUAAGAGAAAAUGUGUACAGAAUUUCAGUUUUUCAGGAGGGAAAUUGAGCUUGAGAAGUAUUUUUGGUGUUUCAAUUGUAACCGGUUAUCUGAGCCUUCGGCCGCAGGUCUCAUACGCUAUGGAUGACGAACAUCAGGAAAAAAACCUGUGGGGUGCGCCCGAAUUCUUUGAGGAGGAUGACCCAUACACAUUCUUGGCAUUGGUGAGGAAACUUUGGCUGCCUGCAUUGCUGGUUAUGAAUGUUGUGAUGAGUUGGGAUCAUCCUUUUACUCUUGUUCUUAAAAUUGUGCUUUCUCUCUUCAGCACAAAGCCUAGUGCUCUCUCAAUCUAUCUUUUUGUUGAAAAGUUACGUCACCAAUCUAUGCGUGAAGACCCAAUGUACAUAUUUAAGUCAUUCUAUGCAAAGAAAGUUGACGUGGAAGAUUAUUUGCUUCUUUGCUUGGCAAAUGUUGAGUUCGGAGAUCGCAAAAUCAAUUUGAUUGGAAUAAUGGGUAGUUGGUGGGUUUUGAGCUCCACACCUUUAGAAUUAGAAAUUUCAUCCCGCCAUUCAAUCUCAGAAGAAUAGAUGAGAAGUGAAAAGCCACUUUCUUUUUGUUUGAGAACUCCAAAGCUACCAAACAGGUAACUUGUAAUUUUUAUCUGGAUACUAUUUUCAAUAUAGAUAUCAUCAAUUAAUCGAAAAUAGUUCAAUUAUGCUCCCUUAUUCAGAACUAUUAAUGGAAAACAGUUCAAUAUAGAUAUAGUACUUUUUGUUGCCUAGUUCGGAA